CGCCCUCGCCCUGCCCAGCACCUGGUGCAGCAAACUCCCCCACCCGUCUCUUUGCCCCACCCUUGGUGAUUCAGAGCGCCAGCCCCGCCCAGGCGCUAAUUUAACUCGCCCGGCGGAACCGUCGGGCGCUGCUGCUACUUACGGCUCCUUGCUGGAGCCGCUUGCACUCGCUCCGGAUCCCCGUCCCCGUGCGCCAUGGGUCCCGCGCGGCGGAGCGUCCCCGCAGCGCUGCGUUUCCUUGGCGGGCUGAGCGUGCCGCUGCUGCUGCUGCUGCUGUGUCCACCCGCCGCGCAGGGUGACUGCAGCUUGCCCCCAGAGGUACCUAAUGCCCACCCAACUCUGAGUGAUCGUGAUCUUAAGAGUUUUCCUGAAGGAACCACAGUAACAUACAAAUGUAAUGAAGGCUUUGUAAAAGUCCCUGGCAAGCCAGACUCCGUGAUCUGUAUCAGUAACAAUCAAUGGUCGGAGGUGGCAGCAUUUUGUAACCGUAGCUGCGAUGUUCCACCCAGGCUACGUUUUGCAUCGCUCAAGAGGUCUUUUAGCAAACAGAAUUAUUUCCCCGAGGGUUUCGUUGUGGAAUACGAUUGCCGUCCGGGCUACAGAAGGAACCAACCUCUCUCAGACAAACUAACUUGCCUUCAGAAUUUUACGUGGUCCACACCAGAUGAAUUUUGUAAAAAAAAAUCCUGUCCUACUCCUGGAGAUAUAACACAUGGGCAUGUCAGUGUAACAACUGACAUAUCAUAUGGUGCAUCUAUUUCCUUCUCGUGUGACACAGGGUAUAGGCUAGUAGGUGCAGCUUCUAGUUACUGUUCCCUUGCAGACCAGGCUGUGGAGUGGAGUGACCCAUUGCCAAAAUGCGAAGAAAUUGUUUGUCCAGAACCACAAGAAAUUAGCAACGGAACCAUUCAAAAUCCACGGAAAACCUAUGUGUAUCAACAGUCUGUAAAAUAUCAGUGUAAUCAAGGCUUUACCCUGAUCGGAGAGAACUCUAUUUAUUGUACUGUUAAAGAUGACCAAGGAGAAUGGAGUGGCCUGCCCCCUGAAUGCAAAGAAAAUUCCCAGAUUUCUAAGGGCAUGCCAACAGUUCAGAAGCCGUCAGUGGCAAGUGUUCCAAGUACGAAAGUCCCAUCAGCUCCUCAGAAAACCACCACAGUGAAUGUUCCAGGUACUGAAGCCCCAUCACCUCCUCAUAAAGCCACCACAGUGAAUGUUCCAGGUACUGAAGCCCCAUCAACUCCUCAGAAACCCAUCAUAGCAAAUGUUCCAGGCACUGAAGCCCCAUCAACUCCUCAGAAACCCACCACAGUGAAUGUUCCAGGUACUGGAGCCCCAUCAACUUCUCAGACACCCACCACCACAAAUGUUCCAGGUGCCAGAGUCCCAUCAGCUCCUCAGAAACCCACCACCAUAAAUGCUCCAGCUACAAAGGCCCCAUCAAUUCCUCAGAAAUUCAACACAGUAAAUGUUUCAGCUACAGAAGUCCUUUUACCUCCUCAGAAAUCCAACACAACAAAUGCCUCAGCUACAAAGUCCCCCUCAACUCCUCAGAAACCUGACACAAUAAAUUCUUCAGCUACAGAAACCCUACCAACUCCUCAGAAACCCAGCAUAGUAAAUGUUUCAGCUACAAAGUCCCCAUCAACUUCUCAGAAACCCAACACAAUAAGUUCUUCAGCUAUGGAAGCCCUACCAACUCCUCAGAAACCCAACACAAUAAAUAUUUCAGCUACAAAGCUCCCAUCAACUCCUCAGAAACCUGACACAUUAAAUUCUUCAGCUACAGAAACCCUACCAACUUCUCAAAAUCUCAGCACAGUAAAUGUUUCAGCUACAAAGGCCCCAUCAACUCCUCACAAACCCAAUACAAUAAAUUCCUCAGCUACUAGAGCCCUACCAACUCCUGAGAAACCUACCACUGUAAAUGUUCCAGGUACAAAAGCCCUACCAACUCCUCAGAAAUCCACCAAAAUAAAUUCUUCAACUACAAAGUCCCAACCAACUCCUCAGAAACCUACCACAGCAAAUGAUUCAGCCACAGCCAAAAAAUUCCCUGUAUCAAAUGCUGUGUCUACAGAGACCCCACCGAGAGCCCAGAAGCCCAUCAUGGCAAAUGCGUCUGCUACACAGGCCAUACCAGCAACCCGUAGAUCCACCACAGCAAAAAUUUCAUUUACACAGAGUGUUCCAGCAACACAAAAGUCCACCGCUGUCCAUGCCCCAGCGACUAAGGGUUUCCAUACAACAAAAAGAUUGACCUCUGCUCAUAUUACAGCAAAACAGACUUCAGCUGUUGUUCCCAGGGCAACCACGCACUUUCGCUCAACAAGCUCGCAUAAAGGAAGAGGAACUCCUUCUUCAGAUGCUAACAUCGCUGCAAUUGGUAAGUUUGGUUCUUCGGCAGUUAAAAGAAAUUGUCGUCACUGUGGGAUGUACAAUCCAUAUUCCUGGAAGAGAAUCUUGUCUUUUAAGUGUCUUAGGAAUACUAUUAAAAUGCAGUGUUUAAGGGUAUCGAAGAGAAAACAGGUAAAUGCAUUUUAUCGACGUAUUUGGUGGACACCAUUAGGUACUCGGUAUGUUCCUAAGUAUUCCCAACCGUGUUCUUGUUCCAAGGUAGUUUUAGGGCAACUUCAAAUCAUGUGGCCAGUCAAUCAGGUAUUAUUGAAUGCUUAUUGUCUCAAUGCAUCGUCAGGCUAGGGGCCAAAGAACAACAAAGAAGAGGCAGGUACCAAUACAGUUUUCAAGCCUCUAGUAUUCUACAAGUAGUCAUAAACUACUCCUUGACUGUUUCUAGACUUCUGUCCCAUUCCAGAGACAGCAGAGUACCUUUGGUUUAUCCUCUUCCAUUUCCCUGCCCUGUCAGUGAUGUAAAGCAAAGUUAGCUUUAAAAAAUAUCCCGUUGGUGUAGACCUAAGGACCUACUGUGUCGCCAUUUAUUCUAGUUUUUGUUUGUUAUUUUUUGUUGUUCUUAAAUAUAUUAUCUGAUGUUAUACCUUUUAACAAGAAGAUUAAUAACGCCUAACGAAGAUGGUAAAAGAAAUGUUUGUUCAAAAGCAAUACAGCUAAGUUGGCAUAUUAAUCAUACCCACUAGAAGAUAUACUCUUAUAAAGAAAGUAUUUCAAAAUUAUGUCCUUAUAAGCCAAAGUCUCCUAUCUAUAUAUGCAUUAGUGAGACAAGGGGCUAAAGCUGAAAGCAGGUAUUUAUUAUUAUUAUUUAUGGUUCUUUUAUAUUUUGAAUGAACCUCUCCUCAGCUAAAGUAUUUAUCUUGAGAGAUUUGAACAGUUGGAAUUCACUUUGUCUGUUUGAUAUUUUAAAUAGAAAUAAAUGUAUUCUAAAUGAAAAUCUCACGAUUUCAUGAUUUAAUGUGAAGAAUGAUGAGUCUAACGGGUGGGCUUUUUCUCAGCUGCCCAGUAGCAUCGGAUGUAGGUCUGAAGGGCUUAUUUUCUCUGACAUUCUUGAACUGUGGACUGUGCGAUCUUCCAGAGACUUUCUCUCGGGGGUAGUUGUAAUCCCAACUUGUGCUCAAAAAUAAAGAGGAGCUCUUCCCUUCUUAAAGAAGAUCUGCAGUGCUCGUUCUCUUUGUGAUCCUAGCUUUGUAAAAUAUAAACCUACACGUUAUCCUUAUUUCUUCAAAGUGUUCUGUGAAUCGGGCCGCUUUUCUCAUUGUUUGUUAUUUAUAUUUGUGCGUUGUAUUUAUUUGAGUGUAACAGGCACUCAUCUUCCCUUAGUCUCAGGUGUACAAUACAGCGAUCCCGCAAGUGUAUACGUUAUGCUUGCUCAGCACUCGUGUAGACAAUCUUUUUUUUUUGUUGUUUUUUCCAUUAUUGCCUUCUCUCCCUCAAGGAACAGUUUAGACGUUUCCCCCCACUAAUGAUCUCCCCGUGACAUUUUACUACCACAAAUAUAAUGCAAAUCUAUUUAUAUACUGCAUUUAUAUCUUUACUUUAUACAUAAGAAAGUAAGAUUUUUUUCAGCCUCUUGGGAUGAUACUACACCCCACUGAGAAUACAUGCUCUUCAUAGUUGUAUUUUGUUUUCGCUCUUGUUUCUGGUUUUGUUUUUUAUGCCAACAUUGUACAGAAGAAGACAGGCUUGGGCUUUGGAGUCAGGCAGACCUUGGUUUGAAUCCUGGUUUGUUUUGUUUUGUUUAAUUUAGUAAUUAUUCAGCCCCAAGGAUUGAGCUUAAUCUGAGUCCGGUUUUCUCUUUUUAUGAUUCCUAUUUAAAGUCUUUGAAGCCAAAUGAGAUAGUAGGAUUUGAAAACUCCCGGCACGGUGUUCAACAUUGAAUAAAUAGUAGCUUAAAGAAGCCCUAGAAUGCAGUCAUGUUGUUUUCCUAAGAUGGUGUUCUGACAGUUUUAGCAAUUCCCUCUGGCCACACCAAAGAAUAAGAACAGUCCUUUAUUAAAGUAAUAUUUGCGUGUUGGCUGUGUGGCAAGUCCUGUCGUGAGAUUCUUAUAUGUAUUAUUUUAUUUAGUUCUCAAAACAUCUUACAGUGUCUCUAUGUCCCAGUUUUUUUUAGCGGAAAGAACUGUUUUUGCAAGACUUGUAACUUACCCGAGGUCACACAGCUCUUAGGUGCUUCAAUGGAGGCUUGACUUGUUUCUCCAGCACUAGGUACUCAAAAGGAUAGAAAGAUUCUUGUCCUAUACAAAAACCUGCACAACUCAAAUUUGAAAAUUAAUGUGGUCUUGGUUCUUUACUUUUUUCCCCCGUCACUGCUGAAAUCCCAUAUUGUGACAUUCAUAGAUUUCUCAUGGUGGUGAACAGGUCUGCUGAAGGAAUAUUUAAGAAAAAAUUAGAGACUACCCAGUGAAAUAUCUAAAAUGCUUUUUCUGUAUCCUUUAAUAUCACAUGCUUAUUCAUUUAUGCUUUAUACAUAUCCGCCUGCAUACGGCAUAUGUUAUAGACUAGCCCAAGUGGAAGUGUAUUUCCAAGACUUGUGAAUCACCAGUAGUAACUUGAAAGGCAUCGGAUGCUGUGAUACGAGGUCUUUGGUGUGUGCUAUUACCCGUCUCUGUGUACGACAAACUUAAAUCCCGUUAUAAAAAAUGACUUCAAUUGUCUGUAAGUUACUCAAAGUUAAGAAGUCAGGUGGCAUAAUUAUAGCAUUUUUCAUUGAUCUUCUUAGGCUGGCAAGAGAAGUGUGAACGUCUCCCACUUAAAAAGUACGGAGGCACAGAAAAGCCAUUGAUAGUAGCAAAACCCUAACAGGGUCCUGUGGAUGUUGCUGAGGAAGCAGUGUUGAAUUCUGGUUUCUCAAUCUGGAAAUGAAAAUUUAAGGUUUAAUCAAGCACAUUCUUUUUCCACCAAAAAAAAAAAAAAAAUAUCUUUCUGUUGUGACUUCACUUGUCCGCAGACGUCAGUUCCUUUAUUCUGUUUUGUUAAAUAGGAUUAGAAGGAAGAACAACCCAUUCACAACUUUUUAAGUUUUUUUUUUUUUUUUUAUAGCAUCUGGACUACAUUUCCACUUUAUUAACAAUAUAAGUGAGACCUUUUGAAGUGAGGAGACAAAUUCACAUUUCUUCAGAAAAAGCAUCACUAAAUUAACAUCAGAUCUUGUAUGUGGAAUCUGACUUGGGUUCUUCAGGAAUGGAGAAGGUACUCCAUCUGAUAUAAAUUGGGCUUGAGUAACUUCAGGUAUUUUUACUGAGAAUACUAGAAACAGUUAAAAUCAUGACCAGAGCCUGGGGUUAGAAAUACGUUUUUCUCCAGUAAUAAACCGAUCACCUCACCCUU